UACUUGUAGGAUGAGGAGCAAAUUGCCGGACCUAGAUUAUACGUUUGCGAAUCUUUAGCACUGUCAAAUCAGCCAAGGGUUAGCCGGUAGCACAGUGUGUUAAUUGGUGGGGCACUUAACGCGUCGUUACUCUGACCGCGUCUGUCAACUAAUUGUCAAAUUCGCCUCAUCGACGAUCACUCGAUCUCAACGACCGUUGCAACUUGACCACUUUCUCAAACCCACCAACCCCUCUCGCGGCGAUUAUGGCACCUACCGAAGCCGAGCUCCUCACCAACUACCUCAUCCAACCCUCGAGCCUAACCUCCAUCACGACAUUGGACCAGUUCAAGGCCCUGUUCCCGCGCCCGCUCCAGGCCUCGCCCCAGGUCCGCUCGCUCUACCGCGACCUUCAGGCACAGCGAAAUGCAGUGCUGGAUCACGUUGCGGCGGACAUCGAGGCCGAGGUGAAGGGUGGAAAUGCGUUGCGCAGAGAAGUCAUCCGCGCCAAGAGGGAGGCGGCGCGAGAGGAUGUGGACGGCGAGAUCGAGAUGGAACGCGCGCUGUUCGGAGAGGUGUCAGGGGCCAAGUCUGCCAGGCACAACCUCGCCUCCAUCAUCCCGGAACUCGAUGGCGCAACCGGCGCGCUCGAGACUGAGAUGCAGAAACUUGCGGAAGAAGAGGCAGCACUACUCGAGUCGGUAAAGCAGACCAUCGGAGGCCUCAGUGAUCUACGAUAUGGAAAGUUCGCCAACGGCGAUAUCAAGGACGAGAUCAUAGACGGACUAAAAAAUGUGGAGGCGGCUUGCGAGGGUAAAUCUUGAUAAUCAGGGUAUUACAAUGCUCUUCCUACAACAAGACGUGUCCCAGCAGUUUCACCCAGUCACAUCAAACAACUUAAAAAGCAUUACAUUCGUGGCACCCAUCCGGGGG